AUGUCCGAAAUCAUGCAAGAAGUACAAAAAAAGCUGACUUUCCCGAUCGAUUUUGCCAGUCAGCGUCGAGCGGACACCUUGGUUUUCCGGGUACUUCUUUUCGGUACCAUUACAGCAUGUUUUGUUGGGUUUUUAACACAAUCUGUGGUUAAUUUGGUGUGGUGUUUUGGAAUUAGUUACUUCCUGAGUCUAUUGGCAGUGCUACCUAGCUAUCCAUGGUACAACAAGCAACGCCCUACUUGGGUCAAGACAAAAAUCGGGUCAUGA